CACGCCUGCUACAUUGGAACAGAACUACAUAGUUUGUGAGCUGCACCAAAAAAUUAGUGUGCUGUAUUCCUUUUUGAGAAGCCACCUGAAGAAGAAGAGUAUUGUAUUUUUCUCCAGUUGCAAAGAGGUGCAGUACUUGUACAGAGUGUUCUGCAGGCUCCGUCCUGGUAUUUCUAUCCUUGCUCUUCAUGGCCGACAACAGCAGAUGAGAAGAAUGGAAGUCUACAAUGAGUUUGUCCGCAAGAGAGCUGCAGUACUCUUUGCUACUGAUAUUGCAGCCAGGGGGCUGGAUUUUCCAGCUGUGAAUUGGGUUCUUCAAUUUGAUUGUCCAGAAGAUGCCAACACUUAUAUUCACAGAGCAGGUAGAACUGCCAGAAAUUUUCUUGAUGAAGCAGAUAGAAUCUUGGAUAUGGGCUUUGCUGAUACCAUGAAUGCUAUUAUUGAAAAUCUUCCUAAGAAACGUCAGACUUUACUUUUCUCAGCCACACAAACCAAAUCUGUAAAGGACCUUGCUCGCUUGAGUUUGAAAAACCCUGAGUAUGUCUGGGUUCAUGAAAAAGCAAAAUACAGGAACAACUGUUUUCAGGAUCUGAAACAUGAAGCUGAGAGGAUCAACAACAUAAAUAUACUUGUUUGCACACCAGGUCGGCUUCUUCAGCACAUGGAUGAAACAAUAUGUUUCCAUGCCACCAAUCUUCAAAUGUUAGUGAUGUUACCUAUUGUGUAUUUAAGUCAACCUUUUAUUUUCUGGACUCAAGCAGCAAUAAAUGUAAAUGAAAUUACAAGAUUUUCAGAUUUCCCUUUGUCUAAAAAGACAUUGAAAGGUUUGCAAGAAGCCCAGUAUCGCUUGCUAACUGAGAUACAGAAGCAGACCAUUGGAUUGGCUUUGCAAGGUAAAGAUGUACUUGGAGCUGCUAAAACUGGAUCUGGCAAGACUUUGGCUUUCCUUGUUCCAGUGUUGGAAGCCUUAUACCGACUGCAAUGGACCUCAACUGAUGGCCUGGGGGUUCUGAUAAUAUCACCUACAAGGGAACUGGCAUAUCAGACCUUUGAGGUUCUCCGAAAAGUAGGAAAGAAUCACGAAUUUUCAGCUGGUCUCAUCAUUGGUGGGAAGGUUUGUCCUUUGUCCUUGUCUGUCCUUCUUUAG